GCAACUCUGGGCCGGGCCCCUCAGGCGCUCGGUCAGCGGGCGCACCGCCCCCUCGUCUGUCAGGAGCUCCCGCGAGCGGAGGAGGGGCUGGGCUGGGCUGGGCCGGGGCGGGCGGGCGGAUGGGCGGAGCCACCCGCCCCCGCGCGAGGCUGAUCCCGCCCUCGCGUCCCACACUGCCCCGCGGCAGGAAGAGGGAGCGGCGGCUUCCGGCACGUCCCCCGCGGCUCCGGGCGUUUGCUGUGCUGGGCUGCUUGUGGGUUAGCGUCUUUGCUCGUGAUGGCCGCCGCCGUCGCUAUGGAGACAGAUGAUGCUGGGAAUCGACUUCGGUUUCAAUUGGAGUUGGAAUUUGUGCAGUGUUUAGCCAACCCAAAUUACCUUAAUUUUCUUGCCCAAAGAGGUUACUUCAAAGACAAAGCUUUUGUUAAUUAUCUUAAGUACUUGCUUUACUGGAAAGAGCCAGAAUAUGCCAAGUAUCUAAAGUACCCUCAGUGUUUACACAUGUUAGAACUGCUCCAAUAUGAACACUUCCGCAAGGAGCUGGUGAAUGCUCAAUGUGCAAAAUUCAUUGAUGAGCAGCAAAUUCUGCAUUGGCAGCACUAUUCCCGGAAGCGGAUGCGCCUUCAGCAAGCCCUGGCAGAGCAGCAACAGCAAAAUAACACAUCAGGAAAGUGAAAAGCUGAUCCAGACCAGGCUCUUACGACAUGUAUAUAUUGCUUUUGUACAUGAAGACAGAAAAAGACUCUUGCUCCGAACCUUUAUUGUGACAGCACCCAGAACCGAUAGUGUGCUAUUUAAUUGAACUAAUUUUUUAUUCUCAAUAGAUUAUUUCUUUUAAACUAGAAUUGUUCUUUCUCUGUGGAUCUGUAAGCUUUCAUUAGUAUUUAAUAGUCAACUGACUAAGAGUAGAAAUGUUAGGUGCUUCAGACCAAUUUUAGAGUUGGGGAGCUGGGGCAAGGGGAGAGCCACCAAAUAUCCCAAAGUUUAAGCAAAACUGUUCAUGAUGAACAGUGGGACCAGGGGCAAAUCUGUCUCUAGGAACCUUGCUGUCCCCUCAGAUCAGCUACGGCACCCUUCUAAGGAGUGAGAGAAGUGGAAUCAGUGACCUCUACACAUCAAAGCAGGAACUGCAUAAAUUUCCUACAUUCUGCAGGGCAGGAGGCAUACCUGGAGCACCAGCUACUUUGCAGGAGAGCCUUAAGGGAGAAUUGAGGUCAGGGAGUGUUUGUGGUUAAUUACUAAUAGGACUCUCGACCUUAGACUAUAACAAAGGUGAGGUGCCUCAGAUACUUGUGCUCAUUUGGGAAAGCUAACUUUUUUUUUUUGGCAGAUACCACAAACCAGGCACUAUGUUAAGUGCUUAGUUGCAUUCUCAUUUUAUCCUUAGAACAGUCCUUGUUCAUAAAGGAGAACACUUAGGUGUAGACAAGUUAGGAACCUUGCCUGUGGUUACACAGCUAGUAGGUGAUAGUCAGUGAGACUGGCUAAAAGGCUAGGUUAUAUGGCCUCCCACCACUAGGUUGUAUGGCUUCUGACCUCUCCGCCACCUGCCUCAUCCCGCACAAUCAGACAGCUGUAAAACAAAAGCAGGGGCUGGAUUAGAUGUGCCUUGCUAUCCUUCAGUGGUUAGAUUAAGUUCUACAUUCUAAAGCCAAAGAUGUUUUAGGAUAACAGUUCUUUUGUAAGUUCAUGGAAUUUAAAGUAAAAGAUCCUAACUUCUUUA